AUGCUGGCUCGCCCGGCUCAAUUAAGCUGGGAUGUUAUGUCGCCAACAAAUUCAUCCCUUCUCAACAUAGCUCUAGCCGACUUCAUACCUGAAAGUUGCCAGGCCCCAGCAUACCAGGCAGGCGCUAGAACUAUCGAAAAGGUCGAUGCUAAGUACGAGCUUCCGCAAGGUCACCAUCUCGUUUACUUCCCGUUGCAGAAGACCGCCUCUAAGUUAUGUCAUGACGGCACGGAUCCCUUACACAGUCCCGGCGGCCCGUUUGAGCGGCGCAUGUGGGCAGGUGGUUCUAUCGAGUUCAACGACGAUUUUCGUUUAGACUCUUCGAAAGUCGUGUGUAAGGAGAAAGUAGAUCAGGUCACGGUAAAGGGGACCGAGGGACAGGAGAAGAUCUUUGUUGAUGUACUACGCGAGUAUAUGAGGGAAGGAGACUUUCAUAAUCCGUCUACGUUUCGGGGGAUAAGAGAGCGAAGAGGUCUCGUCUUUAUGCGUGGGAUAAAUAAAGAGCAAGCCCGUGAAAACUUAGCAAAAGCAGCCUUAGGGAGAGACAGGAUUGUCAAGGCCCCUAAACCCCCCGAUUUCUCAAUCGCGCUCACGCCAACACCUACACUUCUCUUCCACUACAGUGCAUUGACAUUCAACGCACACUUGAUUCACUUGGAUCCCGAGUUCUGCCGUGAGGUUGAGGGACACCGUAAUCUAUUAUUCCAUGGACCUCUCUCCCUUACCCUGAUGCUCUCCGUGCUAAGGUCGCGGCUUGACCCGGAUGAGAAAGUCCAUAAGAUCGACUAUCGAAACUUAGCUCCUCUAUAUGUUAAUGAACCUCUGCGUGUCUGUGUUAGGUACAGUAGAAAUAAAGAAGAGUCGGCGGAAGGAAAGUCCCGAAAAUGGGAGGUUUGGGUCGAGGACCAAGACGGUGGUCUCAGUGUAAGAGGCACCGCUGUAAGUCAAAAAAUAAGUGAAUAG